AUGAGGAUACGGCUCCCCUUCGCCGGGGUCUUCGUCCUCCUGUGCCUCGCCGCGGGCUACGCCGGCCUGACGCCCCUGCAGCUCGACACGUACGUCAACGACAAGCUCCUGCACCUCGCCACCUUCUUCCUGCUCACCCUCGCCUUCUACUGGAUCGUCGACACCAACCGCCGCCGCACGCUGAACCUGACGCUCGUCGUCUGCACGCUGUGCCUCGGCUGCGGCUCCGAGUUCCUGCAGGCCCUGCUGCCCAACGGCCGCCAGUUCGACGUCUACGACGUCGUCGCCAACGUCGUCGGCAGCCUCGCCGCCCUCGGCCUGUGCUCCUGGUACCACAAGCGCAUGCUCGAGCGCCGCCGCGCGCGCAAGACGUACACGGCCGUCCCCGGCGAGGAGGACCUGGGCGGCGAGGACGACCUCGAGCUCGGCGAGGGCGCGGCGUUUGCGUCGGCGGCGGCGGCGGCGGCGGCAGCAGCAGCAGCCGCCCCGCAGGAAGAGGGCGUCGUGGAGACGAACAGCGCGGCCGGCGGGCAGCAGCGCGGCCGCACGCUGGAGGACGAGGUGGACAACUGGGACGAGAAUGCCGAGGACGUGUGGGAUGAGGCCGACGGCGGAGACGUCGUCGAUGCCAUGACGGGUGCGGGCAAGGGCAAGGAGCCCGAGCUGCACGAUCCCAAGAAGAGGACUGACUGA